ACAUGGAUUUCCUCACUUUAUUUGCGAUCUACGUCGCUGUGGUGCUAACAUGUAUGUUUCUAGUUUGUAAAUACUCGGGCCAGCAGCAAAGCCCCUUUAAUACUCUACUCAACUAUGUUUUAAAGGUAGUCGCACCAUUAACUCCUCAGUGGCUCCAGAAGCUUUCACAUUGGACUCUGCACAGAUUGUUUCAUCAAAGAAACAACUUUUUCAUCUAUGUGCAUAUCCUGCUGGAGGGCGCCGUGUACGCAGAGUUCACCCUCGAGGUGUUUAGCUUCUGCAGGGAGAUGGACACUACGUUAACCAGCCUCUCGGUGCCUUAUGUUCUGCUGCUCAUCAAGACCUUUAUAUUCUACCUUUGCAUCAGAACAGACCCAGGCACGGUGACGAAGAAAAAAGUUUCGAGUCAGCUCCACAUCUACCCAUACGACAGGAGGCUGUUUCAUCCUGGAGUCUCGUGUCCAACCUGCCAGCUUGUCAAGCCAGCGCGCUCCAAACACUGCAGGGUCUGUAACAGGUGUGUCCAGCGCUUCGACCAUCACUGUGUUUGGGUGAACAACUGCAUCGGCGCUCAGAACACACGCUACUUCCUGCUUUACCUCUUCAGCCUGUGUGCCAUGGCAGGGGACAUCGCCCUGCUGACAGGAGACAUGCUGCUUCAUGCUGUGCUGCGUUCAGGGCUCCAUAGAGCCAGUUAUGUUGAUGGGUAUGGGCAGCAGCAGCCAGCUGGACCUUUGUUUGUUGUCCAGCAUUUGUUCCUGACUUUUCCCCGUAUCGUCUUCAUGCUGGGCUUCUUGAUCUUCCUCUUCUUCCUCCUUGCGGGUUACGCUCUGUUUCAUACCUACCUGGCUCUUGUCAACCAAACCUCCAACGAGUGGUACAAAAGUCGAGGUUACGUCUGUCAGCGCUGCCACCCAGCAGCAGCAGCCGAUCAUCUUUGCAGCCCUGUCCCGGAUCUCUCCAAGAGACAUUACUACAGCCGAGGACUGCUCCGAAACCUGAGAGAGAUUUUCUUACCUCUAAAGGGCGUUCAGAAGAAGGGCAACUGAACAAAGAUGCUGUUUUAACUGGAAACAUU